UCUUUGGAGCGCGCGCGCUGGGCGCACACUGCUUAUCAAGAAACGCCACACUUCACCGUCCGGUAUAAAAGUCACGUAGCGCUCGAGCCACCAACUGCUUUACGAAGGUGAAAAUGGCUGAUGACAUUCAGACCAAACUUCAGAAUUAUCGCACUGCCCCCUUUGAUGCCCGAUUCCCAAACCAGAACCAGACCAGGAACUGCUGGUCCAACUACCUGGACUAUCACCGCUGCCAAAAAGUUCUGGAUGCUAGAGGAGUAGACACAACCCCCUGUGACUGGUACAAGAGGGUCUACAAAUCACUCUGCCCCAUAUCCUGGGUGCAGAAAUGGGACGACCAGAGAGAAGAGGGGACCUUUCCAGGAAAAAUCUAAGACUGCCAUCUCAGAAGCUGUUGGUCUGCAAAGACGUAAUCUUUUCAGCUAAAUGUUUGUAGAAGUGGUGGGAGACCAUGUGUCUCCAUCACCACCCUCCCAGACACUGACGCUCUGUGCUUUAACUCAAUGAUCAUUCCUUACGAAUACCGUGAAAUGUACAGCAGAUUCUGCAUUAAAGUCUCUCAGGAUGUA